CACAGAGUUUCAGUGCAGGGCCUGUCAGCCAUGUUGAGUGUGUGUGUGUGAGAGAGUGUGUGUGACAGCGCGUUCAGCAACAGGUUCUCUCCGUGUUUAGAGGAGAAACUCUCUGAGGAGGACAGCCUUCAUUCAUCUGCUUCACACACACACACACACACACACCGGAUGAAUCCUCCUCAGGGUGCAGGAGUUAAGAUGUCUAAAGUAGGAAGUUGAGACGAGGACCAGGAGGACAUUUCCUGUUGACCCACCACCACCACCACACCCCCCCUUGCAACCAUGAACGGUGGGCGGAGUAUCUGGGCUAUAAGUCCAGAGGAGAGGAAUAAACAUGAUCAGAAGUUUGACUCUCUCUCCCCCGCGCAGGGAUUCGUCACCGGGGAAAAGGCUCGGGGUUUCUUCCUGCAGUCAGGACUUCCCUCCUCUGUUCUGGCUGAGAUCUGGUCUCUGGCUGACAUGAACAAGGACGGGAGAAUGGACCGCCUGGAGUUCUCCAUCGCCAUGAAGCUGAUUAAGAUGAAGCUGCAGGGUCAGAGUCUCCCCUCAGCGCUGCCCAUCAUCAUGAAACAGCCCCCAGUGCCCGCCCCCGCCAUGCCACUAACACCACUGGGGAUGGGAACCAUGCAGAACAUACCCAUGGUGCCCGCUAUGCCUGUUCUCACCCCCAUGCCUAUGCCGGGCAUGACUCCCAUGAUGCCCACUGCACUGACCAUGCCAAUAAUGCCCACCAUUAGUGCCCCUGCUUUGGCCAACGGACCUGUGGGCAUGGUGCCCCGCCCUCCUGUCCCCCUGAGUAACGCUCUUCCACUGAACAGUUACUUCACUUCCUCUCCGCUGGGAUUUUCUUCUGCUCCCAACACUUCAGCUCUCCUGGACCUCGGGUCAAGCAGCUCCAGCUCUUCUUCCACAGCGUCGUUAGCCGUUAGCUCUCCUCAGGGCGGCCCCUCGGACUGGGCGGUGCCGCAGGCGUCCCGGCUGAAAUACAGACAGCAGUUCAACAGUCUGGAUCGGCAUAUGAGCGGCUAUCUGUCAGGCCCUCAGGUGAGGAGCGCGAUGGCGUCGACGUCAUUAAGUCAAGGCCAGCUGGCGACUAUUUGGAACCUGGCGGAUGUUGAUAAGGACGGUAAACUAAAGGCGGACGAGUUUAUUCUGGCCAUGCACCUGGUGGACAUGGCGCGGGAGGGACAGGCCCUGCCUCCGGCUCUGCCGGUCGACCUCGUCCCCCCAUCACUCAGGGGGAACGUCGGUGAUUCGGGGAACGGAUCCAGCAGUGCGUCCGUCUACGCGUCCCUGGCCGAGGACUUCACCCACGCUGAUCCGCCGCAGAAAGCCAAGAACAACUUGACCUUUGAGGACAAGUUCAAGCUAAACAUGGAGCGCGGAAACGCAGAGCUGGAGAAACGGCGCCUGGCUUUGCUGGAGCAGCAGCGACGUGAGGAGGAGAAGCGAGCACAGAAGGCUCGCGAGGAGCAGGAGAGGAAAGAGAGGGAGGCGCGCGAGCUGGAGCUGAGGAGGAAGAGGGAGGAGGAGCAGAGACUUGAGCGACAGAGGGAGCUGGAACGGCAGAGGGAGGAGGAGAGGCUGAAGGAGCUGGAGAGGAAAGAGGCGGCAAAGAAGGAGCUCGAGCGGCAGCGGCAGUUGGAGUUGGAGAAGAAGAAAAAACAGGACCUGCUGAACCAAAAGAAUCACGAGCAGGAGGCCAUCGUUCACCUAAAGUCUAAGAAGAGGAGCCUGGAGCUGGAGCUGGAAGCUGUGGGCAGCAGACAUAAAGAGAUCUCUGAAAAACUGAGAGAGGCUCAGGCCAAGAAGAAGGUCCAGAAAAUCGAGUUGGAUCAAAUCAACCAGAGGAGAGACGAACAAAUCAUGGAGAUCAGCUCGCUGCAGCAGCAGUUUGAGGAGCUGCAGAGGAAGCUGGCACAGCUGGCACCAGAGCAGCAGAAGCUGAAUGAAAUGCUCCGAAAUAUGAAUACGAACAACAUGACGGUUUCAUCAGUAAACACUUUACAGAAGAACAUUACAGAUAAAGACCUCAGCUGCAGGAAGAUGAAAGAGCAGCUCGAUGCUUUAGAGAAAGAGACGGCCGCGAAGCUCGGUGACAUGGAUCGGUAUAAAAGCGACAUACAGGAGCUCAGAGAGAGCCAGAGAGAUCAGCAGUCUGCACUCGACAGGUUACGCAGUCUCAGAGAAGACAAACUCCGAGAGCUCAGAAGACACAAAGAGGACGCGCUGGAGAAGAGGAGAAAGGAGGAGGAGGAGCAGCGGCGCAUCAAACAGGAGAAGGAGCGACAGUGGCAGGAGAAACUGCAGCGUGACGAGGAAGAGAGACAGAGGAAACUGCAAGAGGAGAGAGACGCCAAACUCAGAGAGGAGGAGGAGAGGGAGAGACGGGCUCGUCUGCAGGCCGCCAAAGAACAAGCAGAGCGAGAGCGCAGAGCAAAGGAGGAGGAGGAGGAGAGGAAGAGGAGGGAGGAGGAGGAGAAAAGAGAACAGGAGAGGAGGAGGAGGGAAGAGGAAGAGAGAAAAAGAAGGGAGGAAGAUGAGAGGAGAGAACAGGAGAGGAGACGGAGAGAAGAGGAGGAGAGGAAAAGGAGAGAGGAGGACGAGAGGAGAGAACAGGAGAGGAGGAGACGUGAUGAAGAGGAUCACAAGCGGAGGGAAGCGGAGAGGAAGAAACUAGAGGAAGAGCGGAGAAAACUAGAGGAGGAAAGGAGGAAACUGGAGGAGGAGAGGCGGAGACAGGAGGAGGAGAGGCGGGAAGAGGAGAAAAGGCGGGAAGAAGACAGGAAGCGUGAGGAGCGCAGGAGGGCGGAGGAGGAGAAGAGGAAGGAACGAGAGGAAGAGGAGAGGAGGAGACAACGAGCGCAGGAGGCGGCCAUCAGGGACGCGGAGGAGAGGAAGAGGAAGGAGGAGGAAGAACGGAGGAGACGAGACGACGACAGAAAGAAACAGGAUGAGGAGCGCAGAAGAAAACAACAACAACAACAACAACAACAGGAAGAGAAAACGGCUUCUGCUGCGAGACUGAAAGACGAAAAGCAAAAUAAUUCAAAAGCCGACAUCGUCGCUGCUCUUCUCCGUGGACUGGAGGAGAGAAAAGGCAGUAAACAGCCCCUGGGGUCGACCCACAAGAAGUCAGCAGCUCUGACCAGGUUUAAGGCCCUUUACCCGUUCUCAGCCCGUAAUAAGGAGGAGCUCUCAUUCGAGACGGACGAUAUGAUAGAGGUGGACGAGACGGUGGAGAGAGAGGAGGGCUGGCUGUACGGCAGCUUCCAGGGGAAGAUGGGCUGGAUCCCAGAGAGCUACGUGGAGAAGCAGCACAAGCAGGAGGCGCCGAGUUCUAAAGCCGCGGUUAAACCACCGGCCCUGCUGUCAAGCUCACGUAAUGUUACAGAAGCUGCUUCUGUUCACAGUGGACCGGGUCAGAACUCUGCCUUCACUCGGACUCACUCCACGGGCAGCGCGUCCACCGAACAGCACCAGGUUGCGGGGAAGCUGCAGGUGAAAGCGCUGUGUUCUUGGACGGCUAAAACAGACAACCAUCUGAAUUUCUCCAAGGACGACAUGAUCAACGUUCUGGAGCAGCAUGAGAGCUGGUGGCUCGGGGAACUGAACGGGGUGCAGGGCUGGUUCCCUAAAACAUACGUCACCGUCCUAAACAGCAGCGACGCGUCUGCAGACUCCACUGAGGGAGUCGAAUCAGCAGAUUCCUCGUCCCUGGAGGAGUUUGUGGCUCUCUACAGCUAUGAAAGCCCUGAACCUGGAGAUUUGUGCUUCACUGAGGGCGACACCAUCCUGGUGUCCCAGAGAGAGGGCGAGUGGUGGAGGGGCAGCGUGGCCGACCGCUCUGGACUUUUUCCCUCCAACUAUGUUAAACCCAAAGAAGCUGAUAAUUCACUCCUCAAACCUGGUGCACUUGGGAAAAAGCCUGAGGUGGUUCAGGUGACCAGCGCGCACACGGCCGCAGGAACGGGACAGCUGAACCUGUCUCCUGGUCAACUCAUCGUCAUCCUCAGUAAAAACCAGUCUGGCUGGUGGCUGGGAGAGCUGCAGGCGCGGGGUAAAAAGCGACAGAAGGGCUGGUUUCCAGCUUCUCACGUUAAGCAGCUGGGCUCAAACAGUGGCAAAUCCACCCCUGCCACCGUAGCGGCCACUCAGGUUAUUGCUCUGUACGACUACACGGCGGCGAACCAGGACGAGCUCACCUUCUCCAAGGAUCAGAUCAUCAACGUGCUGGAUAAGAGCAACCCCGACUGGUGGAAAGGAGAACUCAAUGGUGUCACUGGUCUCAUCCCCACCAACUAUGUGAAAAUGACCAGCUCUGAAUCUGACCCUAGCCAGCAGUGGUGUGCUGACCUGACGAGUCUGGACUCCAUGAGCCUGCAGGAGAAGAAACGUCAGGGUUACAUCCACGAGCUGAUUGAGACAGAGGAGAGGUACAUGGAGGAUCUUCAGCUGGUUCUGGAGGUGUUCUACAAGCCGAUGUCCGAGUCGGGACGGUUAACAGAAUCCGAGAUGAACCUGCUGUUCGCUAACUGGAAGGAGCUCAUCACGUCCAACUCCAAGCUGCUCAAAGCUCUCAGAGCGAGGAAGAAGAUGGGAGGAGAGAAGACACCAGUGCAGAUGAUCGGUGACGUCCUCGCCCCUGAGCUCUCGCACAUGCAGGCCUACAUCCGCUUCUGCAGCUCCCAGUUAAACGCCGCCGCGCUUCUGCAACAGAAAACCGACCAGGAGGCGGAGUUUAAGGAGUUCCUCAAGAAAAUUGCCACCGAUCACCGCUGUAAGGGAAUGCCUCUGUCCAGCUUCUUACUGAAACCUAUGCAGAGAAUCACACGGUACCCGCUCCACAUCAAAAACAUUCUCGAGAGCACUCCUGAGGGUCAUGUGGAUCAAGCUCAGUUGCGAGAGGCUCUGGAGAAGGCCGAGGAGUUGUGCUCUCAGGUCAACGAGGGUGUGAGAGAGAAGGAGAACUCGGACCGUCUGGAAUGGAUCCAAAACCACGUCCAGUGUGAGGGAAUCACAGAGUAUCUGGUUUUCAACUCUCUGACCAACUGCCUGGGGCCGAGAAGACUCCUCCACAGCGGCAAACUGUUCAAGACCAAGAGCAACAAGGAGCUGUACGCUUUCCUCUUUAACGACUUUCUGCUCCUGACCCAGGCUGUCAGACAGUUCACCUCCUCCGGCCCAGACAGACUCUUCAGCCCCAAGUCUAACACACAGUACAGGAUGUACAAAUCUCCGUUGUUCCUGAACGAGGUCGUGGUGAAGAUGCCUCCUGACCCGUCCAGUGACGAGCCCGUGUUCCACGUCUCUCACAUUGACCGAGUUUACACACUCAGGACGGAGAACAUUAAUGAGAGGACUGCAUGGGUUCAGAAGCUCAAAGCUGCCUCAGAGGAGUUCAUCGAGACAGAAAAAUCGAAACGAGACAAGGUCUAUCAGGGUCGCUCAGUGAAAGCCUCGGGCAUCGGGCGUCUGCUCGUAACCGUGCAGGAGGCGACGGAACUCAAAUCCUCUAAACCAAACGGAAAGUGCAAUCCGUACUGUGAAGUAACCAUGGGGGCGCAGUGCUACACCUCCCGAACCCUGAACGACACCAUGAACCCAAAGUGGAACUUUAACUGUCAGUUCAACAUCAGGGACCUGUACCAGGACGUCCUCUGCAUCACCGUCUACGAGCGCGCACAGUUCGCACCUGACGAGUUCCUGGGACGGACCGAACUCCCCGUGGCCACCAUCAAGAAGGACCUGGAGAACAAAGGGGCGGCCACGAAGAGACUGCUGCUUCACGAAGUGCCUACAGGAGAGGUCUGGGUCCGUCUCGAUUUCCAGCUGUUCGAUGGCAAAACACAGAAAUAACAGGGACGUCGUCGUUAUGGUUACGGACACCGCGCGGCUACGAGCCGUUUGUUCUCCAGAUCUUCCUCAUGAACACCUCGCCGUAAAAAAACAUCUUCAGCUCGGCUCCCGAAUGUCUGACUUCAAGCCUUGUGGAGCGCGUGUUAAUGACUUUGAUGAUGCCAAGUUUAUGCCUUUUUGUAGGCGUGUGUGUGUGUGUGUGUGUUUGUGUGUGUGACUGGAGAAAAUGUCAGCAGUCUGUGGGUUCGCCUCAGUUCUUUAUCACUGGAUGUAGAGAUGUCUCAGGAUUUCUAUUUUCCUUAAAUAUUCUGUCUAUUUUUCUGUAUUGGAGGGAUUUUUUUAUUUACUUCUGUAGGUCAGGAUUCACACGUGAACUUGGCAGUUCUGAAAAGAACACUACAUCUAACAUCUUAACAGCCUGUGUAACCGAAUACUGUAUAAUAAUAAUUAAUAAUAAUAAUAAUAAUAAUUAAAGCACAUAUUCAGAUGCGGUUUUUCUGAAGUAAUAAUGGAGAACUUUAGAGGAUUUUUUUUCUUUAAACAUUUUUAUUUUAAAUGGUACAAAUGAAGUGGGACAAGGACAAGCUCUAAUCUCUGUUGGUUUUGUGCGAGUUGUAUUUAUUUGUAAUUUAUGUCUCUCCGAGUGUCCACACCCCCUCAGCUGAAGACGUCCAUAAAGUUAACGGUGGAUGGACGUCUCGUCUCCUUGUGCUGCAAAACAUUUCCCUGAAACAAGCUGCACAUUAUUAUUAUUAUUUUUUUUAUUUUAGUUCAUUAUUUUGAAAGAUUUUAAUGUUGUACACGGUGCGUCUUAAAAGUCUCCAUACUUUUGGAAAUCAGCAAUCUAUCAAACUGUAACUUCAUUUAUUAAACACAACUCGGACCAUC